CCCGGGGUGGGUGGGAGCGGCGCGCAGGGGGCGGAGCCUGGCCGGCGGCGGUGUCCUUGCGGCGCGGCCCGGUCACCGGUUCACUGUUCGUACCGAGCGGUCAGCGCGGCGCGGCGAGGAUUGCGGCGGCGUCACCAUGUUGUGCCGGGCGGCGUGCAGCGCGAGCCGGGAGCUGGUGCCGGCUCUGGGGACCCUGGGCUCCCGGCGGAAGCACACCCUCCCCGACCUGCCGUACGACUAUGGCGCCCUGGAGCCUCACCUCAGCGGCCAGAUCAUGCAGCUGCACCACAGCAAGCACCACGCGGCCUAUGUGAACAACCUGAACGCCACGGAGGAGAAGUACCAAGAGGCGCUGGCCAAGGGUGACGUCACAACUCAGGUAGCUCUUCAGCCUGCGCUGAAGUUCAACGGUGGAGGCCAUAUCAAUCAUAGCAUUUUCUGGACAAACCUGAGCCCAAAUGGUGGCGGAGAACCCAAAGGGGAACUGCUGGAAGCCAUCAAACGUGACUUUGGUUCCUUCGCCACGUUUAAGGAGAAGUUGACCACUGUGUCCGCUGGCGUUCAGGGCUCCGGUUGGGGUUGGCUUGGUUUCAAUAAGGAACAAGGACGCUUACAGAUUGCUGCUUGUUCUAAUCAGGAUCCCCUUCAAGGAACAACAGGUCUUAUUCCACUGCUGGGGAUUGACGUGUGGGAGCAUGCGUAUUACCUCCAGUAUAAAAACGUCAGGCCUGACUACCUGAAAGCUAUUUGGAAUAUAAUCAACUGGCAGAAUGUCACUGAGAGAUACAUGGCUUGCAAAAAGUAAACCGUCAGCUUUACCUCGAGUACAUAAAGCUCUUUGUGGCUGCUUUUGUGGUAGUGCAGAGUACCUCCGUGUACCUGUAAGCUGCUCUGUCGUUUCUGAAUGUAGCUUAUUCAAGUAUUUGAUAAACACAAUUUAGUGCUAUGACUCACUUCUUGUUACAAAGUUUUGUUAUUAGGCAUCCAUUUGAAGGUAUUAAAUGCUUUGUAUGAUUUAGUCCUUUGAAUGAACAUUUUCUUCAGAGAGCUCAAAUACCCAGGAGGUUAUAAAUGUCAUCAUAAAGCCAUCCAAAGAAUCACAUCCCUCCACUAUGGGGCCCCCGUGGAAGCCUUUCUGAUCUGUUCUGCACUUAUAGAAAAUCUAGACUUUUGCCUGAGUUGUUUAAUAAUAAAACAUUACAUUUUUUCCCAAGGGAAAUAUUUAGUUUUCUAUUGACAAUUGCUUGUUUUGUAAGUAAUCCUAUGUCUAAUAUUACUUCUGGUAGAUAUCACCCAACGGUCUUUAAUUAUUUUUGACCACAAUUUGCACAAAGUUAACACCAUUUUGUCAUUAAAAAUUAAUAUAAUGUGAUUGCUAA